AUGGAUUUCUGCCGCCACCUCCUUCUCGCCGCGGUGCACGCGCUCCUCCUCGCUGGCUGCGCCUCUGCGGCGAGCCGGGGCGCUGGUUCCUUCGACCCCUCCCGCGUGGUCCAACUCUCGUGGCGCCCCAGGGCGUUCCUGCACAAGGGUUUCCUGUCGGAUGCGGAGUGCGACCACCUCAUCGUGCUGGCCAAGGACAAGCUGGAGAAGUCUAUGGUAGCAGACAACGAGUCCGGUAAGAGCGUCCAGAGUGAGGUGCGUACCAGCUCCGGCAUGUUCCUGGAGAAGAAGCAGGAUGAAGUAGUAACGAGAAUAGAGGAGAGGAUAUCUGUUUGGACAUUUCUUCCACCAGAGAAUGGUGAAUCCAUUCAGAUAUUACACUAUCAGAAUGGUGAGAAAUACGAACCCCACUAUGACUACUUCCAUGACAAAAAUAAUCAAGCCCUGGGUGGCCAUCGCAUUGCCACUGUGCUCAUGUACUUAUCAAAUGUUGAGAAGGGUGGAGAGACCAUCUUCCCCAAUGCAGAGGGGAAGCUAUUACAACCCAAGGACGACACAUGGUCUGAUUGUGCAAGAAAUGGAUAUGCAGUUAAACCGGUAAAGGGUGAUGCCCUGCUGUUCUUCAGUCUCCACCCUGAUGCAACAACGGACUCUGAGAGCUUGCACGGUAGCUGCCCUGUCAUCGAAGGCCAGAAGUGGUCGGCAACUAAAUGGAUCCAUGUGAGGUCGUUUGACCACCCUGUCAAGCAGCCGGGUUCCUCCGAUGGAUGCGAGGACGACAAUAUCCUCUGUCCCCAGUGGGCGGCCGUGGGUGAGUGCGCCAAGAACCCUAACUACAUGGUGGGGACCAAGGAAGCUCCUGGCUUCUGCCGGAAGAGCUGCAAAGUAUGCGCAGAGUAA